AGCAUCCAUUUAAGUGACGUGGCCCAGUGUACAGUCGCGCUAAGGAGGAAGACGGAGGUGUGCAUUCUCGUUGCUAAUACGAAAAACAGCAUCAAAUUUAACCAUGGUGACCGAUGUUCAGCUGGCGAUAUUUGCGAACAUGCUCGGCGUCUCGCUCUUCCUGUUGGUGGUGCUGUAUCACUACGUGGCUGUCAACAACCCCAAAAAACAUGAUUAACAUCUCCUGACCAGUCAAACGGCCGAUAAUGGGGACAGCAGGCCUUGCAGACGAGUGUGAAUGCGCGCCGAUGAACGAGACCAAGAUGGGGACAGGCCGGCCUGUAAAUUUGACCUUUUCUGCCCAAAACAGAUAUAUAAUGUAAAUAAACGUAAAACUAUUUCAUUCGCUGACUAGUUCUUAUGCCUGUGUUCGUUUAAAAAAAGAAAGAGAGAUGCAAUAAUAAAUUGUUCAAC